GUUAUCGCUGGUGGCGGAAAAUCAAUGCCAGCCAUUAGUGCCUAUAAAGCGACGUGCCCAAUGUGAAAAUUGUUUAGUUUGUGGUGUACCUUUGAAAAUGAAGUUUAAUAAAGUGAUAUUGACCUCCGUGCUGCUGCUGGCCAUGGCCAAUAUAGCAGUAGCGCUAACAUUCGAUGAAGAGCGUUUGAGGCUUAAGCAAUUUGUCACAUCUGAAGAACGCAUUCGUUCCCAUGGCUAUCCGGCAGAAUCGCAUACCGUAGAAACCAGUGAUGGCUAUCUCUUAACACUAUUCCGCAUACCUUACUCCCCCAAAUUGAAUAAUCAGCAUGCGAAACGUCCAGCUUUUCUUUUGCAACAUGGUUUAUUCAGCAACUCAGAUUGUUGGCUAAGUAGCGGUCCGGACAACUCAUUGGCCUACUUGUUGGCCGAUGCCGGCUUCGAUGUUUGGCUGGGCAAUGCCCGUGGUAAUAUCUACUCGCGCGCAAAUGCGAAAAUAACCUUGAAUAGUCCGAAAUUUUGGAAGUUCAGUUGGCAUGAGAUCGGCACCAUUGAUAUUGCCGCUAUGAUUGAUUAUAUACGCGAUUUCACCGGCGAACAAGCCGUACAUUAUGCGGGCCACUCGCAGGGCACCACGGUGUAUUUGGCGCUCAUGUCUACCAGAAAAGAGUACAAUGCCAAGAUUAAAACGGCACAUCUAUUGGCGCCAUGUGCAUUCUUUGAGCAUGGCAGACAUGCCGUUUUCCAACUCGGCGCAUUGGUCGGCACACCUGGUGGGGUGUGGAACCGCCUUCUUGAGGAUAUGGAGCUGAUGCCUAAAAACGCUAUAGUAAAUCGCAUUGCAGACACACUCUGCGCGGAACAACCCGAUUUGGGCGCACAGUGUAAGAAAGUCGCGCUUUGGUAUGCCGGCGACGGUUACCGCAACACAAAUCUGACUUCCUUGCAAGUGCUGAUUGAAACCCAUCCGGGCGGGUCGUCCAGCAAUCAGGGUAUACAUUAUCUUCAGCUCUCUAAGUCACAUAAAUUCCGUCAAUUCGAUUAUGGCAUCAAGAAGAACCAAGAGGUUUACAAUCAAGAUACGCCUCCAGACUAUGAACUGAGUAAGAUUACUGCUCGCACUUACUCGUACUCAAGCGCCAACGAUGCUCUGUGCGGUCCACGCGAUGUCGACACAUUGGUGGCAAAUAUGCCGUAUCUAGUUGAGGACUAUCGCGUACCCGAUCCAAGCUGGAAUCACAUGGACUUCAUUGUUGCCAACCAAAUGCGUGAGGUUAUUAACGACCGUGUUGUAGGCGCCGCUAAGAAUUAUGAGAGAAUGUAAAGAUACAAAUAAAACAUAACCAAGCUGAAAA